CUUCUGUAUCCGGGGGACGGUUUUACGAACGUACCCAUUCAGGAAGUCAAUCGCAAACAGCGCGUUUUGAUUGUGUACAUGCGCAACUAACCAUCCAACGGCAGUAACACUCAUGCUGGAAUAAACAUAAAGUCGUCAUUGUAGCAGCUUGAGAUGGCCACGAAGGGGAAAGAAACCCCCGCUAAAAAGGCUGCGGCGCCUUCAGUGUCUCAGAUUAAUGCUGAAUAUGUCACACAGUUGGCUAAUAAAUAUUGGGCUCCUCAUGCAAAGAAUAAGCUACCAUUUGACCCAAAGGUAUUGGAAGAUGUUUACGAAAAAGAGAUUCUCAUGUCCAAAUUUGCCAUCAGAAAAAUUAUGCUGCUUGAGUUCAGCCAGUACCUUGAGAACUACCUGUGGGUGAACUACACUCCUAAAGUGUCCAGCAAUGCCUACCUCAUGUCCAUUUGUUGCAUCGUCAACGAGAAGUUCAGGGAGAAUGUCCCAGCGUGGGAGGUGUUCAAAAAGGAGCCGAGCCAUUUCCCUUUCUUCUUCAAAUGUGUGAUGGAGGCUGUAUUGGCCAGUGAGGGGGCCGGCCUCAGUCUGAAGGAACAAACCGUGCUGCUGGUCUUCCUGGACCACUGCUUCAACAGUCUGGAGGUAGAUUUGAUCAGAGAGCAGGUGCAGCAGCUCAUCUCUCUGCCUAUGUGGAUGGGCCUCCUACCAUCCAGACUCCAGCACGAGCUUAAGAAAGUCCCAAAGCUGCAGAAAUUCUGGAAUCUAAUCAAGAAGAAAUCUGAUAAGAUGGAGGCUGACGAAGCUGAACAGGCACAGAAGGAGAGGGCAUUCCUCUCAGCUCUCAUUAAAAAGUUUCUUGGAGUUCUCGUGUCCAUCCCGGCAUUAGGGCCUGUAUCCAUGGACAAAGUACAUUACUGCGAAAGAUUCAUUGAACUCAUGAUUGAUUUGGAGGCCCUGCUGCCCACCAGGCGUUGGUUCAACACCGUGUUGGAUGACUCUCACUUGGUGGUCAGCUGCCACCUCUCCAGUCUCGUCCACAGAGAGAAGGAAGGACACCUCUUCUGCCAGUUGCUGGACAUGCUGAAGUUCUACACAGGUUUUGAGAUCAGUGACCAGACAGGAACUGCCCUGACGGAGAAAGAGAUGACCACUCUGCACUAUGACAAAAUCCUCUCUUUGCAGAGAGCAGCAUUUGCUCAUUUCCCUGAGUUGCAGGACUUUGCUCUGUCCAACGUGGCAGCAGUAGACACUCGUGAAUCCUUGACCAAACACUUUGGGCAUCUCAGUCCCAAUACGCUCCACCAGGUGGCCUCGUAUUUGUGUCUGCUGCCAGAGCUGCCUGAAGGACAAGACACCACCUAUGAGAAGGAGGUUCUCCUUGAGCUUCUGGUGUCCCGUCAUGAGCGCAGAAUCUCUCAGAUCGAGCAACUUAACCAGAUGCCCCUUUAUCCAACAGAAAAAAUAAUCUGGGAUGAGAACAUUGUCCCGACAGAGUACUAUUCAGGCGAAGGCUGUCUAGCGCUACCUAAGCUGAAUCUCCAGUUCCUGACCCUCCAUGACUACCUGUUGAGAAACUUUAACCUGUUUCGUCUAGAGUCCACCUAUGAGAUCAGACAGGACAUAGAGGAUGUGGUUUGGCGUAUGAAACCAUGGCAGUCGGAGUACGGCGGAGUGGUGUUUGGGGGCUGGGCCAGGAUGGCUCAGACCAUCACCUCCUUCUCCAUAGUGGAGGUUGCCAAGCCAAACAUUGGAGAGAGCUGGCCGGCCCGUGUGCGAGGGGACGUCACUGUAAAUCUGAAUGUACAAGAUCAUAUCAAGCAUGAGUGGGAAGGGCUGCGGAAGCAUGACGUUUGCUUUCUGAUCACGGUGCGCCCCAACCUGCCCUACGGCACGCGCUUCGACCGGCGCCAGCCCUUUGUGGAGCAGACGGGCCUGGUGUACGUGAGAGGCUGCGAGGUGCAGGGCAUGCUGGAUGACAAGGGGCGCGUCAUUGAAGAAGGACCCGACCCGAAGCCUAAGCUGCGAGGAGACGCCAGAACCUUCCGUGUAUGGCUGGACCCAAACCAGUAUCAACAGGAUAUGACCAGCAGCAUUCAGAGUGGCACAGAAGACCCUUACGAGUCUUUCAACGUCAUCAUGAGACGCAAACCCAAGGAGAACAAUUUCAAGGCAGUGCUGGAGACCAUCAGAAACCUGAUGAACACCGAGUGUGUGGUCCCAGACUGGCUUCACGACAUCAUCCUUGGCUAUGGCGACCCAGGCAGCGCCCACUACUCCAAAAUGCCUAAUCAGAUCUCCACGUUGGACUUCAAUGACACCUUUCUGUCCCUGGACCAUUUACGAUCGUGUUUCCCUGAUUACACCAUCAAGGUCACCGAGGACGACCCCGAGCUGCAAGUCUUCCCGUUCAGAAUCAAGUUCCCAAUCUCCAAAAAAGCAGAAAAAGGGAAGAAAAGAAAGACUGAUGAACCAGAAGAAGACCAAAGUGAAGACAAGACCUUGAUCGUUGAGCCCUUUGUCACCCCCAACCGCGGGCCAUAUCCCUACAACCAGCCCAAAAGGAACACAAUUCAGUUCACUCCUACUCAGAUUGAAGCCAUUCGGGCCGGGAUGCAGCCAGGCCUCACCAUGGUUGUUGGACCACCAGGUACCGGAAAGACAGAUGUUGCCGUUCAGAUCAUCUCCAACCUCUAUCACAACUUUCCUGAGCAGAGGACCCUGAUAGUCACACACUCUAACCAGGCUUUGAACCAGCUGUUCGAAAAGAUCAUGGCUCUAGACAUCGACGAGCGCCAUCUCCUGCGUCUUGGCCACGGAGAAGAGGAGCUGGAAACUGAGAAGGACUUCAGCAGAUAUGGUCGAGUAAACUACGUCCUAGCCAGACGCCUGGAGCUCCUCAGGGAGGUGGGGAGGUUACAGGAGAGCUUGGACGUCCCAGGAGAUGUUUCUUACACCUGUGAAACAGCUGGACACUUCUACCUCUACCAGGUGAUAUCUCGCUGGGAAGAGUACAUGAGCAAAGUCAGGCCAAAGCAGAGCAAGGAGGUGGAGGUGCAAGCUGUGGCGGCACACUUUCCCUUCCACCAGUACUUCUCCAACGCCCCUCAGCCUGUGUUCAAGGGACGCUCAUACGAAGAGGACAUGGACAUCUCAGAGGGCUGCUACCGCCACAUCAAGAAAAUAUUCACCCAGCUGGAGGAGUUCAGGGCCUUUGAGCUUCUAAGAAGUGGACUGGACCGCUCCAAGUAUCUGCUCGUGAAGGAAGCCAAAAUCAUUGCGAUGACCUGUACCCAUGCUGCACUCAAACGUCAUGACCUGGUGGAGCUGGGAUUUAAGUAUGACAAUAUCCUGAUGGAAGAAGCUGCUCAGAUUCUGGAGAUCGAAACCUUCAUCCCCCUCCUGUUACAGAACCCAGAGGAUGGCUACAGCAGGCUGAAGCGCUGGAUCAUGAUUGGAGACCACCAUCAGCUGCCCCCUGUUAUCAAGAACAUGGCCUUCCAGAAGUACUCCAACAUGGAGCAGUCUCUCUUCACCCGGUUUGUGCGCCUGGGAGUGCCCACCAUAGAUCUGGAUGCACAGGGCCGAGCUCGAGCAAGCCUAUGUAACCUGUACAACUGGCGCUACAAACAGCUGGGGAACCUGCCUCAUGUCCAGCAGCUGCCUGAGUUCCAGGUGCCAAACCCCGGCCUCACCUUCAACUUCCAGCUUGUUAACGUGGAGGACUUCAAUGGGGUGGGAGAAUCCGAGCCCAACCCUUACUUCUACCAGAACCUAGCGGAAGCGGAGUACAGCGUGGCUUUGUUCAUGUACAUGCGUCUGCUGGGCUACCCUGCUGACCGCAUCAGCAUCCUCACCACCUACAACGGGCAGAAACACCUGAUCAGAGACGUCAUCAACCAGCGCUGCGCCGGCAACCCCUUCUUCAGUCAGCCUAACAAGGUGACAACAGUGGACAGGUUCCAGGGUCAGCAGAAUGACUACAUCAUCCUCUCCCUGGUCCGCACCAAAGCCGUGGGACAUCUCAGGGACGUGAGGCGUCUGGUGGUAGCCAUGUCCAGAGCCAGGCUGGGUCUGUACAUCUUCGCCCGGGUGUCGUUGUUCCAGAACUGCUUCGAGCUGACUCCCGUCUUCAACCAGCUCACCGCCCGACCCAUGCAGCUGCACAUCCGGCCACACGAGUACUACAGCCAGGAACAGCCCAGAGAUGCUUCUGGACAGAAAGACCAAAUCAUCAAGAACAUGCCAGAGAUGACCAACAUGGUGUACAACAUGUACAUGCACAUGAUCCAGACCUCCCAGAAGCACCGACAGCAGCAGCAGCAGAAACUGGCUCUGCCUCCACAACAAACCAAGCCUGAUGCUGUGGAUGAGGAAGCGUCAGUUAGCGCCGAAGAAAAACCAGAAGAGGAAACCCCCAUGGAGCAGGAAACCCCAGAAGGAGAGACAAACCCAGAGCCAAACCCAGAAGGAAAGGCAACCCCAGAGCCAAACCCAGAAGAAGAGGCAACCCCAGAGCCAAACCCAGAAGGAGAGGCAACCCCAGAGCCAAACCCAGAAGGAGAGGCAACCCCAGAGCCAAACCCAGAGGACACCAGUGAGAAGGAGGAGAAGGAGGAGAAGGAGGAACAGCAAGAAGCAGUGAGCCAUGCUAAGAUGCCAGAGCAUCCCGGCAGAGACAGCGACAGUGACGAAGAGGAAAAUGAAGAGGAGCAAAAGCAGUAGAGCAUCUUCUUCUGGGACUGCUGUCUAAUUAAGGGCCUCAGUUAUUUAGGGGACCGAGUGGAUUGUCCCUUGAGAAAAGAUUAGUGGAAAGUCAGUGAUUUUUUAUUUGUUUCUGCUCAAAGCAGAUCCUGGUGAUAAUGUUUCAUUCAUUUUUCUAUACCAUUCAAUUUUGUAACCAUCAGUCCUUUUUUAUUAAAAGAAUUGCAAAUCCUU